AUGUUAUCUGACCUGCAGCUUGGGUCAGUGGCAUGCACAAAUCAAGGAUUUAGUGUCUGCUUCUCCCUGUCCAUCAACCUACCUCCCCCCACCAUCCUCACCCCCGCAGUCUCCAUCACAGGUCCCCCUGAUUUGCAGCCAUCAUCCCACCACUGGAAUCCUAACAACAAUGUGCUAGCCCCGGCAUUCACAGACCUUCUCCACCUCCCACCUUCUCCACCUCCCACCUUCUCCACAGACCUUCUCCACCUCCUACCUUCUCCACCUCCUACCUUCUCCAUAGAUCUUCUCCACCUCACACCUUCUCCACAGAGCUUUUCCACCUCCCACCUUCCCCACAGACCUUCUCCACCUCCCACCUUCUCCACAGACCUUCUUCACCUCCCACCUUCUCCACAGACCUUCUCCACCUCCCACCUUCUUCACAGACCUUCUCCACCUCCCACCUUCUCCACAGACCUUCUUCACCUUCCACCUUCUCCACAGACCUUCUCCACCUCCCACCUUCUCCACAGACCUUCUCCACCUCCCACCUUCUCCACAGACCUUCUCCACCUCCCACCUUCCCCACAGACCUUCUCCACCUCCCACCUUCUCCACAGACCUUCUCCACCUCCCACCUUCUCCACCUCCCACCUUCUCCACAGACCUUCUCCACCUCCCACCUUCUCCACAGACCUUCUCCACAGACCUUCUCCACAGACCUUCUCCACCUCCCACCUUCUCCACAGACCUUCUCCACCUCCUACCUUCUCCAUAGAUCUUCUCCACCUCCCACCUUCUCCACCUCCUACCUUCUCCAUAGAUCUUCUCCACCUCCCAUCUUCUCCACAGACCUUCUCCACCUCCCACCAUCUCCACAGACCUUCUCCACCUCCUACCUUCUCCAUAGAUCUCCUCCACCUCACACCUUCUCCACAGACCUUUUCCACCUCCCACCUUCUCCACAGACCUUCUUCACCUCCCACCUUCUCCACAGACCUUCUCCACAGACCUUCUGAACCUCCCACCUUCUCCACAGACCUUCUCCACCUCCCACCUUCUCCACAGACCUUCUCCACCUCCUACCUUCUCCAUAGAUCUUCUCCACCUCACACCUUCUCCACAGAACCUUUUCCACCUCCCACCUUCUCCACAGACCUUCUUCACCUCCCACCUUCUCCACAGACCUUCUCCACAGACCUUCUGAACCUCCCACCUUCUCCACAGACCUUCUCCACCUCCCACCUUCUCCACAGACCUUCUCCACCUCCUACCUUCUCCAUAGAUCUUCUCCACCUCACACCUUCUCCACAGAGCUUUUCCACCUCCCACCUUCUCCACAGACCUUCUCCACCUCCCACCUUCUUCAGAGAUCUUUUCCACCUCCCACCUUCUCCACAGACCUUCCUCACCUCCCACCUUCUCUACAGACCUUCUCCACCUCCCACCUUCUCCACAGACCUUUUCCAACUCCCACCUUUUCCACUGACCUUCUCCACCUUCCACCUUCUCCACCUCCAACCUUCUCCACAGACCUUCUCCACUCCAACCCUCUCCACAGACCUUCUCCACCACCCACCUUCUCCACAGACCUUCUUCACCUCCCACCUUCCCCACAGACCUUCUCCACCUCCCACCUUCUCCACAGACCUUCUCCACCUCCCACCUUCUCCACAGACCUUCUCCACCUCUCACCUUCUCCACAGACCUUCUCCACCUCAUACCUUCUCCAUAGACCUUCUCCACAGACCUUCUCCACCUCUCACCUUCUCCACAGAUCUUCUCCACCUCCCACCUUCUCCACAGACCUUCUCCACCUCCCACCUUCUGCAUAGACCUUCUCCACAGACCUUCUCCACCUCUCACCUUCUCCACAGACCUUCUCCACCUCCCACCUUCUCCACAGACCUCCACCUCCCACCUUCUCCACAGACCUUCUUCACCUCCCACCUUCCCCGCAGACCUUCUCCACCUCUAACCUUCUCCACAGACCUUCUCCACCUCUCACCUUCUCCACAGACCUUUUCCACCUCACACCUUCUCCACAGACCUUCUCCACAGACCUUCUCCACCUCUCACCUUCUCCACAUACCUUCUCCACAGACCUUCUCCACCUCUCACCUUCUCCACAGACCUUCUCCACCUCCCACCUUCUCCACCUCCAACCUUCUCCACAGACCUUCUUCACCUCCCACCUUCUCCACAGACCUUCUCCAUAGACCUUCUCCACCUCUCACCUUCUCUACAGACCUUCUUCACCUCCAACCUUCUCCACAGACCUUCUUCACCUCCCACCUUCUCCACAGACCUUCUCCACCUCCCACCUUCUCCACAGAUCUUCUCCACCUCCCACCUUUUCCACAGACCUUCUUCACCUCCCACCUUCUCCACAGACUUUUUCCACCUCCCACCUUUUCCACAGACCUUUUCCACGGACCUUCUUCACAGACCUUCUCCACCUCCCACCUUCUCCACGGACCUUCUCCACCUCCCUCCUUCUCCACAGACCUUCUCCACCUCCCACCAUGCCCCCUGCCAGCCCCUCCCACCAGACCUGUCUCAAGGGAAGGACAAGGGGUUGGCAGGAGGGACAGCUUCCCUAGGCACAGUGAAGCAAAGGCGCAAAAAAUGGACGCAGGGUGCUAA